AUGACAGCCGAGUCCGGUCCACCGACAAUGUCAACAAUGACACAAGAUGCAAGCGACCCGGAACAUACAAAGAAAGAGGAGGUCAAUGCGCCUCUUUCGGUAGACGACUCAAUGCCUUCCCAACCUAGUUCUGUGUCGCUAUUGCCGUCUCUGCAAAUUCGCACCGACCUACCCAGCAUCCGUCCUUCCAGCCCGCGAGAUUUUGAUUCUCAUGCUUCCACCAGUCUGUCUGGAAGUUAUCCGCGUCGUACCCCGAGUCUUCGUGCCCUCAUCGCACCACCUAUAUCCAGUGCAGGCUCGUUAUCCCCGGCUUCAAUUAUGUCCUCGCCCCAAUUGACCGCGAUGGGUGACAUCACCCCAUUACCAUCGCCAAUUGGAGGUGCCUCGCCGUGGCGCAAUCACAAUUUGCCAUCGGUAUCGCGUUCCUCGUCGAUGUCGCGAAACGGAUCAAGCCUUCGGUUGAGUGACUCGUCACAAAUGCUGGAGCCCCCAGUCGCGUCCCGUUCGCGCGCCAAACCAUACACGGGUAUUGAUAGCCAUGGAGAAGAGUCACCCGUGCCCAACCGAUAUCGUCGCGACUCGCCUUCAAAACAUUCUCAUUCUCGGAAUCGCAGUCUAAGUGACUACGUGCCUGCUGGCCGCGUCUCCGUCCCUCCCCGUCCGAUCGCGGUAUCUGGCAAUGCCGGGCUUGGCAUUGUAUCCUCAUCGAGCACAGAUUCGAAGUCCAACGGGCUCCAUCGCGAGCAGUAUUUGGCGGUCCAUCGGGGUAUCACAUUGCCGACCAUACGCCCUCCCAGCCCGCCCCGCAGCAGUGGUAGUGGGUAUACUGAUAAUGAGCCCGUCAUUCGUCAUCCCGCCCCCCUCACGACGCCUCAGGAGUUAUAUUCUGUCCGGUCUGUCCGCACGGAGCAAGCUAGGAUCUACCAAAAGAUCCGGACACUGGGCCAGGGCACGUUCAGUCAGGUCAGUCUCGCGGCACGUGUGGAGGCUAUCCCCGAGAUGCCUUUGUCGCCGGGCGGGAAUGAUGCCAGCGAAUUCCAUGGGUUCGUGAACAAUCAGAAGUUGGUUGCCGUCAAGAUCAUUGAACAUGGUCCCGCUGGAGGCGCGGAUGAGAGCCGAUUGGAGGUAUCACUCAAGCGUGAAGUGGAAAUCUUGAAGUCUAUCAAUCAUCCGUCGUUGGUUCAACUGAAAGCAUUUGGCAGUGAUGAGAAGCGUUCAUUGUUGGUUCUGGACUACUGUCCUGGGGGUGAUUUGUUCGAGUUUGCUACAUCAGGGGCUCAUCAUAUGUGCCCGGGGUUGAUCAGGCGUAUAUUUACGGAGUUAGUUGAUGCCGUACGCUAUUUGCAUGCGCAUUACAUCGUUCACCGGGACAUCAAGUUGGAGAAUGUUUUGCUUACCAUGCCCGCUCAUGUCAUGGAUGAUAUAAAGGAUUGGCGCACCCACGACCGCGCCGUUGUCACACUCAGCGACCUCGGUUUGUCGCGACGUAUACCGGAACCGCCCGAGAGCCCACUUUUGCAAACUCGCUGUGGUAGCGAAGACUACGCGGCUCCUGAGAUUCUGAUGGGUCAGGCCUACGACGGGCGUGCUACUGAUGCCUGGGCUCUCGGUGUCUUGCUUUAUGCCAUAAUGGAGAACCGUCUACCCUUCGAUGUUCUGCCCGGCACUCGCGGAGAUCCAGCCAAGCUUCGUGCCCGCACCCCGCAUCGUAUCGCACGUUGCGAGUGGGCUUGGUAUAGAUAUGCCGAUGAGGAUGAGGAAUGGGAUCAUGAAAAGGGCAAAGACCUCGAGGGGGCCCGCGAUUGCGUGGAAGGACUUCUGAAGCGCAACACGAAACGCAAGACCCUUGAUGAGAUUGCCGCCAUGCAAUGGGUGCGCGAUGCCAUCGAUGUGCCCGGUGGUCUAAAACGAGGGGACAAAGAAGUGCCAUAG